AUGGCGGAGAAUUGGAAGAACUGCUUUGAGGAGGAGCUCAUCUGCCCGAUCUGCCUGCACGUCUUCGUGGAGCCGGUGCAGCUGCCGUGCAAACACAACUUCUGUCGGGGCUGCAUCGGCGAGGCGUGGGCCAAGGACAGCGGCCUGGUGCGCUGCCCGGAGUGCAACCAGGCCUACAACCAGAAGCCGGGCCUGGAGAAGAACCUGAAGCUCACCAACAUCGUGGAGAAGUUCAACGCCCUGCACGUGGAGAAGCCGCCGGCGGCGCUGCAUUGCGUGUUCUGCCGCCGCGGCCCCCCGCUGCCCGCGCAGAAGGUCUGCCUGCGCUGCGAGGCGCCCUGCUGCCAGUCCCACGUGCAGACGCACCUGCAGCAGCCCUCCACCGCCCGCGGGCACCUCCUGGUGGAGGCGGACGACGUGCGGGCCUGGAGCUGCCCGCAGCACAACGCCUACCGCCUUUACCACUGCGAAGCCGAGCAGGUGGCCGUGUGCCAGUACUGCUGCUACUACAGCGGUGCGCAUCAGGGACACUCGGUGUGCGACGUGGAGAUCCGGAGGAAUGAGAUCCGGAAGAUGCUGAUGAAGCAGCAGGACCGACUGGAGGAGCGAGAGCAGGAUAUUGAGGACCAGCUGUACAAACUUGAGUCAGACAAACGCCUGGUGGAGGAGAAGGUGAGCCAGCUGAAGGAGGAGGUGCGACUGCAGUAUGAGAAGCUGCACCAGCUGCUGGACGAGGACCUGCGGCAGACAGUGGAGGUCCUGGACAAGGCCCAGGCCAAAUUCUGCAGCGAGAACGCAGCGCAGGCGCUGCAUCUCGGGGAGCGCAUGCAGGAGGCCAAGAAGCUCCUGGGCUCCCUACAGCUACUCUUCGACAAGACAGAGGACGUCAGCUUCAUGAAGAACACCAAGUCUGUGAAAAUCCUAAUGGACAGGACCCAGACCUGCACAGGCAGCAGCCUCUCUCCCCCUAAGAUUGGCCACCUGAACUCCAAGCUCUUCCUGAACGAGGUGGCCAAGAAGGAGAAACAGCUGCGGAAGAUGCUAGAAGGCCCCUUCAGCACACCGGUGCCCUUCCUGCAGAGCGUCCCCCUGUAUCCUUGUGGCGUGAGCAGCUCUGGGGCAGAAAAGCGCAAGCACUCGACGGCCUUCCCUGAGGCCAGUUUCCUAGAGACAUCGUCGGGCCCUGUGGGCGGCCAGUAUGGGGCAGCGGGCACAGCCAGCGGCGAGGGCCAGUCAGGGCAGCCCCUGGGGCCCUGCAGCUCCACGCAGCACUUGGUGGCCCUGCCGGGCGGCGCCCAACCAGUGCACUCGAGUCCGGUGUUCCCCCCAUCGCAGUAUCCCAACGGCUCCGCCGCUCAGCAGCCCAUGCUCCCCCAGUAUGGCGGCCGCAAGAUUCUCGUCUGUUCUGUGGACAACUGUUACUGUUCUUCCGUGGCCAACCACGGCGGCCACCAGCCCUACCCCCGCUCCGGCCACUUCCCCUGGACAGUGCCCUCGCAGGAGUACUCACACCCGCUCCCGCCCACCCCCUCCGUCCCCCAGUCCCUUCCUGGCCUGGCAGUCAGAGACUGGCUCGAUGCCUCCCAGCAGCCUGGCCACCAAGAUUUCUACAGGGUGUAUGGGCAGCCGUCCACCAAACACUACGUGACGAGCUAACGCCACGCGGGCGGUGAGCACCGGGGAAUCUGCCCCCUCAGCCCCCGGUGGCUUGGGGAUGAUGCAUCCAGAGACCUGCCCCUCUACCUUCCUGUCCUCCCUCCCUCUCUCCUUCAUUUCCCCAAGUCUUUUCCUUUUGGAUUUUGUUUUGUUUAGGGCUUGUUUUGAUUUUUUUUUUUUAAUGAAUCUCCUGGACGCGGAGGUGACAGUGGGAGCUGGCCUGGGCCGGGGCUGCAGGUGGCCCCGGAGUUGGGAAAGCGUCUACCUCAAGGCGCUGAGCUCUCUCUCGCUCUCUGUCUCACCUUUUUCCCUCCCCUCCUUCCCCUUCCCACCCCUUGGCUGGAAGGAGCCUCAGCUUCCUUUACAGCCUUGAGGGGAGGGGCAGUUUCCAACUCUCCUCACCCAGCCCUGGGAGGAAGGCCCAGGUGCCCACUGGCCUGCUUCUCCUGUUGGUUUUCUUUUGGGCAGUUUGAUCACUGACUGAAUAAGGAAUGACCUGUAGAUUAUGGGGCUUUUUUUUUUUUUUUUUUUUAAACGAAGAAUGAUUUUUCCUGCUUCCUUCUCACCAUCCUCCCAGACGGAGUUCAAAGGCCACUUCUCAAGCAGCUUUCGGCACCUUCAGCCUCAGAAUGGAAUCUUAAAGACAGGAACCCCAUGUCCAGGAAAGGGGAAAAGGAACUUUGCCAAUGAUAGUGACCACAGCAAAAGCAAAUAAUAAUAAUAUUAAUAAUAAUAAAGAGAAAUAAAAGAAAUAAUAAAAUAAGAAACCAUAGCACAGCCCUUGUCGAGGUCAGCGGGAGAGGAGGGGCUGCCCAGAGUUGGGUCCUUGCCUGGGUUUUGACACAGCAACUUCCUGUAGUGAGCACUUUGUAUGAAUCGUGGACUUCCUGUUCUCAAGGCGCAGGUAUUUAUUCUGUAAUCUGUCUAGAGCACACACCGAAAUCCAACCUUCUAAUAAACAUAAUGGCGCAGUCCCA